AUGGACAAAGGACGAUGGAAAAUCAAGAACACUGGAAUGACGACGGGAACAACAACGAGAGAAGGACUGGAACGAUUGAGAGAGUUUGAGAAAGGAGAUCAUCUAGGAGAGGGAUUGAGGAAAAAAAAGACCGAUUGGGAGAGAGGGCUGCGGGAUGGGAGAGGGGGCUGCGUGGCGGAGGUGGGAGUGGUAGGGAAGGUUGGCUAUGCCAUUGAAUCAGGAAGGGACUGGCUAGGGUGGGAGGUGGGAUGGGAGGUAGCUCUACAUUUGACUAAUGGAGGGACAGGCUAUUGUGCAUAG